AUGUCGACAAAAGCAAAGCUGACUCUGGCUGCCACGUCGCUCGGUGCUAUCGGCAUCAUCGUCUUCGUCCACCACGGCCAGAAGGUUGAGAAAGCUGCAAUGCACGCAGGCGUCCUUCGCGACAUGGAACAGCAAAGAAUAAAGAGGGAGCGCCAACUCGACUUCGACAUGCAAGCUCAACUGGAAAAGGAAUACCGCAAGCUUCAAACCGUCUCCGACGGCCGCAAUACCGAAUAA